UGGUCUGGUUGUGUUUUAUGAUUCGAUAAGUGGUUAGAGGAGUAUAAGAGUGAUACACGUAGUACAAAUAUCGGCUACAACAGAAAGUUUUCCACAGGUCUGAACCUUACCCUCUCGUGCCGUGGCGGUAGUAGCGCAGGAACUAACAUCCGAAAGCGACCAAUCGUUUAGGGAGUAGACAUACUUGUCGUGUUUACCUGAUGUGGUAUCGGAUAGCCAGGAUUGCCCCCGAAAGUUCCCGCACCUUGUCCACGCAGUGGGGCGCCGAUCGCGUUCGGCACUGACACCAUUAACAGUGAUAACCUAUCGCCUUAUCUGACCCUUGAGCAGCAGAGUACGAGUACAGUGACAGUGAACAGUGUGCGGUGUGUUGUACGUGUCGGUGCCAGUGCCAGUGCCAGUGACGGUGCUAGUGUCAGUGUCUGGUGCUGUGGAUGGCCUUGUGUAACAGAGUUUUAUGUUUAGCACAACUCUAAGAAGCAAGAUAUAUUGAGCUGUUACGAUCUUAUAGUUUCUUCUGGUAAUUGAGAGUUGAAGGGGUAACUGCACCGGUUAACACAUACACGAGUAUAUUGUGGAGUUGUACAAGGCCAUCCUGCACCAGUUAGAACGGUGAGUGAGUAGAACUGGUCCUGGUUGUGGACAAUGCUGACGAGGACGUUCUCAGUGUUGUGAAGUACGGUCUGUAGACACGAGUAUGAGUGCGGGCAGCAGCACGCCGCGCACUCCCCGCAGUGUGAGAUCCACGCUGCAGCGAGCAGUGUUCGGCGCCGCGGACAGCAGCCUGCUCAGCCUAGAGUCCUUGCCGCUCACGGAGGGAGGGUUCCGCCCCAGACCCAGCUACGGCAGCAUCUUCAGCUACUACCACAUGCUGAGGCGUGGCUCGGUCCUCGGCAGCAACAAGACGUUACAGAGAAGUGACUCCAUGGUAUCGCUAUGUUACCGCAGUCUCCUGCACUUCGUCACGGAGGACAACCUGCCAGGGCUACAGAACUUCCUGGAGAACAAGAGAGUCCUGGUCGACGACAAGGAUGAGAAUGGAGGAACCGUACUACACUAUGCUGCAUCACGCGGUAAACUUUCGUUUGUGCGUGAACUGAUCAACCAUGGUGCGGAUGUCAACAUUGAGGACAAUGACAACUGGACUGCACUGCUCUGUGCCGCCAAGGAGGGUCACACAGCUGUUUGCUUGGAACUGUUGGAUCAUGGAGCUGACAUAGAUCACAGAGACAUGGGAGGCUGGUCGUCGCUGAUGUGGGCCACUUACAAGAAUCAUGUAGAGACUGUAAGUCUGCUGUUAGAGCACAACGCUGACGUGAAUGCCCACGGCAACUACCACAUCUCCUCCUUGAUAUGGGCUGUGGGUCGAGGUUAUGUGGACAUCACGAGGAUGCUCGUUCAGCGUGGUGCCAAGGUGAACGUCGGCGAUAAGUAUGGCACAUCAGCGCUGGUCUGGGCCUGCCGCAAGGGCAACCCGGAGAUAGUGGAGUGUCUGCUGCGCGCUGGUGCUAACGUUGAUACUGCUGGCAUGUACUCAUGGACCCCUCUACUGGUGGCAACAAUGGGCAAUCAUGUAGAGGUAGUGAACCUGCUGCUGGAGUCCAAGCCCAAUGUAAACGCUCUGGACAAGGACGGGUGUACAGCACUCACGAUAGCUUGCAAGGAGGGUUUCCACGACAUAGCAGUGGCCCUGCUCAACGUGGGGGCUUACAUCAACAUCCAGGACAGGAGUGGGGACACCAACCUUAUACAUGCAGUGAAGGGAGGACAUCGUAGCGUUGUUGAAGCCUUGCUGAAGAAGUACGCUGAUGUGGACAUCCCUGGAAAGGAGAGAAAGACUGCCAUGUACACAUCUGUGGAGAAGGGGAACAUUGCCGUCAUGAAGUUGCUGAUGUCUGCUAACCCUGACCUGGAGAUAGCAACCAAGGAUGGUGACACCUGCCUGUUGAGAGCUGUCAGGUCACGGAAUGUGGAAGCUGUACAGCUGUUGCUGGAGAAGAAAGCCAGGGUGUCUGCCAGUGACAAGAGAGGGGACACAGCACUGCACAUAGCCAUGAGAGCCAGGUCGAAGGGCAUCGUGGAGGUGUUGCUGAGGAACCCUAAGAAUAGUCAGUUGCUGUACCGACCAAACAGGGCUGGUGAGACUCCCUACAACAUCGACAUGAACCACCAGAAGACCAUUCUCGGCCAGAUAUUUGGUGCCAGGAGACUGAACACUAAUGAAGACAACGAGAAGCUGCUGGGCUACGAUCUGUACAGCAGCGCCCUGGCAGACAUGGUCAGUGAGCCGUCUCUCUCCAUGCCCAUCACUGUGGGCCUCUACGCCAAGUGGGGCAGUGGGAAGUCCUUUCUGCUCAACAAACUCAGAGAGGAGAUGAAGAACUUUGCUCGCCAGUGGGUGGACCCAACAUUCCAGUUCUCGUGGCUGUUGAUGGCCAUCAUCGUCCACCUGGCAGCUCUCUCCGGCACUGUUGUCAGUCUGUCCCUCACUCAUUGGCUGCCCGGCAUCGUCGUCAUCUUCACCCUCCUCAUCCUCACCUACACGUUCCUGGCUGUCGUCUGGUAUGGCAGCAACAGGUAUAGCUGGGACUGGCCGUACAACCUCAACGUCUAUCUCACCCGCAAGAUGAACGCCAUCAAGGUGGUUCUCCAGGUGAUCUUCUGCCACCCUCCGGGGGCGCAGUGGAGCGACUCCUUCACCGCUCAGCCUAUCAGGUUCUACUUCACCGAUCAGACCAGAGUGAGCAGUUCUGCAGCAGGAGAGAAUUCUGUGGUGCAAAUGAUCGGGUCUCUUUAUGACUCUAUCGAGAAUGACUAUGGAGCCCUUUCUACUCGACUGUAUAGGGCCCUCAGACCCAAGGCCUUGAAAUCAACAUCAUCCUGGAGGUGGCGCAAGCUCUGCUGUCUGCCCAACAUCAUAUUCUUUGAGUUGUGUUACGCCGCAGCGCUGGUGGGGGGAGUGGUGCUCACUAUUUACAUCGCAGAGUACGGCAGGCCGAGUUAUGAACACAAGUUGGAGGAGAUGACCUGCCAGAUCGUGCUGGGAAUGUGUCUUCUGGUGGUAGUACUGCUUGUGGUGGCCAACCUGUACACUAUCAGUCGAGUGAUCAAGUCUCUCCUGUUCUCUCAGCGCCGCCAACUGCAAAGAGCCAUCGCUAAACUGGAUACUCUCAAAUCUGAGGGCUUCCUGCAAGCUCUGCGCUCCGAAGUCAAUCUCAUGACGGAUAUGGUGAAGUGUCUGGACGCGUUCACUCAGCAGCAGACUCGACUGGUGAUCAUCGUGGAUGGACUGGACAGCUGCGAGCAGGACAAGGUGCUCAUGGUUCUGGACGCUGUUCAUGUGCUCUUCUCGGAGCCGAACACACCCUUCAUCAUUAUUCUGGCCAUCGAUCCUCACGUCAUAUCCAAGGCAGUGGAGGUGAACAGCCGUAGAUUGCUCAGCGAGUCUAACAUCGGUGGCCAUGACUAUCUGCGGAACAUGGUUCACCUUCCGUUCUUUCUGCAGAACUCGGGUCUGCGCAAGGUCAAGACGGCGCAGAAGUCCGCACACAGUCAUCGCAAGAGCGUGGUGCAAGCUUACGACCAGCCGGAGUCCAAUCUGGUCACCUCGGCAUCGGCGCGGCGGCUCUCCACCGAGUCGGGAGGGCUGAGCUCGCAGGAGAAACUGAAACUGCCGGGAAGUUCAUUGAACGUCGCACGCAAGGGCUCUCGCAAACUGAAGCUCAGUGACAGCAUAGCCAGCUCUCUGGGCUCCAACCUGAACAGGGCCGGGGGAGCCCAGGACCUCACCAAGAUGCUGCUCACUGACGACUACUUCAGCGACGUCAACCCUCGCAGCAUGCGCAGGCUCAUGAAUGUCGUCUACAUCACAGGGCGACUAUUGAAGGCAUUCCAGAUAGACUUUAACUGGUAUCAUCUGGCGAGUUGGGUGAACAUCACGGAACAGUGGCCUUUCCGCACCUCUUGGCUAAUCAUGGCCCACGACUCGGCAGAGGACUCUCUAGAUGACAACACUUCGCUCAAGACUCUCUACGACAAAAUUCGGCCACAGAUACCCACCUCCAAGGAGGUAGAGCCACUGCUGGAGCUGGACAGAGACGAGCGUAAGUUUGACAUCUUCCUGUCCUUCCACCGGUCCAGUCUCCUCGUGAGUGACCUGCGAGUGUUCCUGCCCUUCACCAUCAACUUGGACCCUUACAUCAAGAAGGUCAUCAAGGAGGAUAUCCAGAGCCUGGAAGAGUCAGGACUGAUGAUGACUCCAGCUCCUGGAGCUGCUCAGACGUGGCAAUCCUCAGCACUAGGGGAUAACCCUGCGAACCUCAGGCGCACUGGACUCAUGCGGCGUCAGAAGUCGCUGCAGAAGAUGCAGUCUCAGCCCACUCCGAUAGCCCCGGGUGUGAUGUUUCCUGGUCCUGCAGUGUUCCCGACUCCAUGGGCACCCGUGGUACCGGGACCCAGGGUGCCUCCCUUCCAUCUACCUGUCGCCGUUGCGACAUCUCUGCCCGCUGAGCUGUUAGACGUGAGACUCUCCACACUCAGCACAGAAGGGGUCUGCCAACUGCUGUCCAAGGUGGAUGAGACUCAAGGCUCUCAGGUUGCCAAGUACACCAAAGUUUUCCAGACCAACAACAUCAGUGGCAAGGUGUUGCUCUAUUGUGAUAUGGAUGACCUGAAACCUGUGGUCCAGAUGGGGUUCGGGGACUGGGAGAUAUUCCGUAUGGUGAUAGUGUCGCUGAGAGAACAGGAGCUGACCGCAGUGAGCCAGCUGGAAGAGACGGUCAGUAGCCGCAACGUGAGGUUCGCUCACAGCCAGGAGAGAGCCCGCAACCCAAGUAACAAGGGACAGACCUCGAGCAACCCACCACCCGAGAAGGAGAGAGUCACAGCCAAACAAACUGUCAUGGAGAAACAGGUAUCACUGGAGGAGCAGAUGAUCUGUGGAGCGCUGCAGACUCUGAAUGAGGAGGCUAUGGAGGACGUGUUGGAGGAAGUCGAUGACCCCUCCACCUGCCUGCAGGUCCCAGACCAAGAGGUUGUAGGCGAGGCGGAGUCGGGUGGAGAUGUGGAGAUGAGUUUUAGCGGUGAGGGGAGACCGAUGAGGGCUCGGACUCUGAGCCAGGGCAGUUACAGUGACCCCAAUGAGACCAACGUGUUGAUCUUCCAGCACACAUCUCCUCUCCAGCCCCCCUACUGGACCCCCGCCCCCACCCCUGGGGGCAGUGCUGCCAGUUCUCUAGCAAACACUCCGGUACUGCACAGGAAACGCAGAGACUCCAAGACUCCAGUAAGGUCUCAGCCCAACUCCAGGCCAGUCUCUCUGCUGGUGGCAGUGCCUGGGGAGGAGGAGUCUCUGCUGCAUCCUUCGCUGAUGUCUUCUGGGGAGGAUAGUCACCCACAGGGGACAGGAAAAAUGCCAUCGUUCUCGACCUCCACUCUGAGUAAGGUGGCCUCAUCUUUGCUCGGUUCCCGGCGCAACACAUUGGUGUCAGCGCCGGCUGUAACCAUUACACCGGCUGGUUCUGUGGAGACCCUCAACCGUUCAGUCCGGUACAACACCACGGACCAGUCGAGCGACGAUGAGAGUACACCACUCAUGAGCGAACUCUCUUCUCCCACACACAACGCUGACUUUGCUAACCGAGCGUUCGCCUCACCCCCGAGCUCGGACCUGUCCCCUUGCCAUGACGGACCCCAGGGCUACAGUGGCUCCCCACUCUACCCCACCAGCUGCCAAGAAGAGAUCCGUCUCUCCAGUAGACUGGUCACCAGCCUGUCCCGCCAGGAUGCCGUGGACAGUGAGGACGAGGUACAAUCUCCGUGGGAUGAUCCGGAGACCACUGUGUAACUUGUGAUACUUCUCCC